UAUGGCGCGUCACAGUAAGAUGCAGAUGCAGGUGCUCUCACUGUAUCGCCAGUUACUGCGAGCUGGCCGGUAUAAACCUGGCUUUUUGAUGCGGAUCCGGAGUGAAUUCCGUGAGAAUGCCAGCAUCCCGAAGAACAAUGUCAUGCACAUUGAGUACCUGUAUCGACGUGGCCAGCGACAACUUGAACAGAUAAAAGAUGCCAAUACCAAGCAGCUUGGUGCUUUUACCAAAACCAGUAAGGACAACUGAAGUUGUAAGAAAAUGCCAUCCUGCCCACACAAGUGAGUGUUGUUGACACACCAAUGAAACAAAAAAUUUCCAUCAGGAAAAAAUGAGGAUCGGAAGAACCGGGAUCUUGGAUAUGAACUAAUGGAAUGAGUUUUUCCCCCUACGUUCCCUGGACAAUUAGCCAUAUGCCUUUUCAGUUCAGUUCUGCAUAGCGUGGUGAUGACAACCAUAUAAUGGACAGUUGCCUAUGCUAAGCGCUGGGUGGAAAUUUGCAAGACCCCUGUAAGGUCCGAUGUUGUUUUGGUGAUGUCCCAGCUAAUAAUUUUUUUCCAAGAAUAGGAAUGCUCACUCGUAUUUAUGCGUCUUUUCUGAAAACUGUUAAGUAAAUGUAAUUUUUUUUUCUUGCAUUUGAGGAAUACAACGUUGAUAAAACCCUAUUUGAAAAUGUGGUGUG